CUCCGCGGCGCCCUCGCCGGGUGCGUGCCGCUCGCGCGCCCGCCCGCCAGGCUCUCCGCGCCCGCCGCCCGCGCCGCGCUGGCCCGGGCCCUUCCGCCCGCGCUUCAUGGCUGCACACGAGUGGGACUGGUUCCAACGCGAGGAGCUCAUCGGGCAGAUCAGCGACAUCCGAGUGCAGAACCUGCAAGUUGAGAGGGAGAAUGUGCAGAAGAGGACCUUUACUCGAUGGAUAAAUCUACAUCUAGAAAAGUGCAACCCACCUCUAGAAGUUAAAGAUUUAUUCGUCGAUAUACAAGAUGGCAAAAUCCUAAUGGCUUUGUUAGAAGUCCUGUCUGGGCGGAAUCUGCUGCACGAAUACAAAUCCUCGUCGCAUCGCAUUUUUCGGUUGAACAACAUAGCGAAAGCACUUAAGUUUUUGGAAGAUAGCAAUGUAAAACUGGUUAGCAUUGAUGCAGCAGAAAUAGCAGAUGGCAACCCUUCUUUGGUUCUUGGGCUGAUAUGGAACAUAAUCCUCUUCUUCCAGAUUAAGGAGCUCACAGGCAACCUCAGCAGAAACUCUCCAUCUUCCAGCUUGUCCCCUGGCUCAGGGGGCACGGACUCAGACUCAUCCUUCCCACCCACACCCACUGCAGAGAGGAGCGUGGCAAUAUCCGUGAAAGACCAGAGGAAGGCCAUCAAAGCCCUGUUGGCGUGGGUGCAGAGGAAAACGAGAAAGUAUGGCGUGGCGGUGCAGGACUUUGCGGGCAGCUGGAGGAGUGGGCUGGCUUUCCUGGCCGUGAUUAAGGCCAUUGACCCCAGCCUAGUGGACAUGAAACAGGCCCUGGAAAAUUCCACACGAGAAAAUCUAGAGAAGGCCUUCAGCAUCGCACAGGAUGCCCUGCAUAUCCCUAGGCUCCUGGAGCCAGAAGACAUCAUGGUUGACACACCGGAUGAGCAGUCUAUCGUGACUUACGUCGCACAGUUUCUAGAACGUUUUCCAGAGUUGGAAGCCGAAGAUAUUUUCGAUUCAGAUAAAGAAGUUCCUAUUGAAUCCACUUUUGUUCGCAUCAAAGAAACUCCUUCUGAACAGGAGAGCAAAGUCUUCGUUCUGACUGAAAAUGGGGAGCGUACCUACACUGUUAAUCACGAAACCAGCCACCCACCACCCUCCAAAGUCUUUGUCUGUGACAAGCCCGAGAGCAUGAAGGAAUUCCACCUGGAUGGUGUUUCCAGCCAUGCACUGUCAGACAGCUCCACCGAGUUCAUGCACCAGAUCAUUGACCAGGUCCUGCAAGGGGACCCAGGUAAGACCAGCGACAUCAGUGAGCCAUCUCCAGAAUCCUCCAUUUUAUCAUCCAGAAAGGAGAGCGGGAGGUCCAACUCUUUGCCAAUCAAGAAAACAGUUCACUUUGAGACUGACACCUACAAGGAUCCUUCCUGCAGGAAGAACCUGUCCCUUUGCUUUGAAGGGAGCCCAAGAGUGGCAAAGGAAUCAUUGAGGCAGGAUGGACAUGUCUUGGCAGUUGAGGUUGCUGCGGAAAAGGAGCAGAAACAGGAGUCCUUGAAGAUUCCAGAAUCCUCCUCUGACAAGGUCCCUGGUGACAUUUUUUUGGCAGAGGGCACGAUCAAUAAUUCUCAGUCUUCCUCCUAUAAUGGCGCUUUAGAGAGUACAGCCCACCACGAUGAAGAAAGUCACUCUCUUUCACCCCCAGGAGAAAAUACUGUGAUGGCCGAUUGCUUUGAGAUCAAGCUUAACCUGAUGACCGUAGAAGCUUUAGACGAGGGAGACUAUUUUGCAGCCAUCCCAUUAAAAGCCUCAAAAUUUAACAGCAACCUAGUAGAUUUUGCUUCUACCAGCCAGGCUUUCAACGAAGUUCCUUCACCUCAUGAGACAAAACCUGACGAGGAUGCUGAGGCUUUUGAGAAUCAUGCUGAAAAACGAGGUAAAAGGAGUACUAAAUCUGCUCACAAAAAGAAAGAUUCUCCAGAGCCUGAAGUUAAGACAGACAAACAUGAACCUCACCAGGACUCCGGAGAAGAAGCUGAAGGCUGUCCUUCAGCCCCAGAAGAGACGCCAACGGAUAAAAAGCCAGAGGUGCAUGAGAAGGCCAAGAGAAAGUCCACCCGUCCUCAUGAUGAGGAAGAGGGAGAAGACGAUGACCUCCGGGGUGUGGGCGAGGAAUUAUCUUCCAGCCCCCCAAGCAGCCGUGUCAGCUUGGAGACCCUUGGGAGUCACAGCGAAGAAGGCCUGGAUUUCAAGCCCUCCCCACCCCUCUCAAAGGUUUCCGUCAUUCCCCACGACCUCUUCUAUUUCCCACACUAUGAGGUUCCCCUGGCUGCAGUUUUGGAGGCUUAUGCAGAAGACCCGGAGGAUCUAAAAAACGAAGAAAUGGAUCUCGAAGAGCCAGAGGGCUAUGUGCCAGACCUGGACUCCAGGGAGGAGGAGGCCGAUGGCUCUCAGAGCAGCUCCAGUUCCUCGGUGCCAGGCGAGAGCCUCCCCAGUGCCAGUGACCAGGUGCUGUGUCUCAGCAGGGGUGGUGCGGGUACCACACCAGCCUCGGAACCCGCUCCUCCGGCCCCCCAUGAGGACCACCAGCAAAGGGAGACCAAAGAGAAUGACCCCAUGGACAGCCAUCAGUCCCAGGAAUCCCCAAACCCGGAAAACAUAGCAAACCCCCUAGAAGGAAAUGUAACGAAAGAAUCAAUCAGUAGUAAGAAAAAGGAAAAAAGGAAACAUGUGGACCACGUAGAAAGUUCACUAUUUGUAGCACCUGGAAGUAUUCAAUCCUCAGAUGACCUAGAAGAAGACACUAGCGACCACUGCAUUCCUUCCAGGACUAGUCACAGUGACUCCAGCAUUUACAUUCGACGACAUACUAAUAGGUCUUCGGAAUCGGAUCAUUUUAGCUAUGUUCAGUUGAGGAACGCAGCAGAUCUGGAUGACAGAAGAAACCGAAUGUUAACCAGGAAGGCCAACAGCUCAGGAGAAACCAUGUCCCUGGGGAGCCACAGCCCACAGAGCGACUCUCUGACACAGCUUGUCCAGCAGCCGGAUAUGAUGUAUUUUAUUCUUUUCCUGUGGCUCCUGGUGUACUGCUUGCUGCUGUUCCCACAACUGGAUGUUAACAGACUCUGAUACGUGUGUCUGGAUAAUAAAAAAGACAGGACCCUGA